AUGGAGAACGGCGCGUUGCGCGAGGGAAAGCCGCUGAGACUGCUGUCCGUGGAGUGCAUCGGUCUGCUGGCCCAGUACGGUGGCGUUGGUUUCUUGGCCGGCAUCAUCCCCGGUGUCAUCUACCCCGUGCUGCAGGGAUACCUGAACGCCGAAGGAACGACGGUUGUGUCGGCAACCGUGUUGGUUCAGAUCCCGUGGUGCUACAAGAUGUUCUUCGGUGUCAUCAGCGACUGCUUCCCGAUCAUGGGCUACCGUCGCCGUCCGUACAUGGUCAUGGGCUGGUUGUUUUGCAUCACGAUUCUCUUCAUCAUGGCGGCGAUGUCGAUACCUGCUCCGUACUACGGCGAUGCUGCAAUGCACUACAUCGAUGAGGAAGAGUGGACCGAAGAUCAAAUCGAUAGCAUCAACGCAGACGCCCCGAACUCCGCUGGCAAAUACGUCGUCCCCAUGAUGCUCGCCUCGUUCGGUUAUUUGAUGUGCGAGGUGGCUGCGGAUGCUAUGGUCGUUGAGUACGCACAACGCGAGCCCAUUGAGCAACGUGGGCGUGUGCAGACUGCGGUGUACGCUGUCAAGACCUCGUUCACCGCCGUGGGUGCCGCGGUUAUUGCCUUCUUGAUGAAUGGAGAGGAGUACGCUGGAUCGUUCAGCUUUUCACUGUCCUUCCAGGAGCUCAUGCUGAUCACGGGUGUUAUCUGCACGCCGCUGGUGUUUGUCUCGUGGUUCUUGCUGAGCGAAGAGCGCGUGAGGGAUAAGCCUUCGUUCAGCGAGUACAUGUCGUCAUUCUGGACCCUACUCCAGAAGCGUGCGAUUUACCAGAUCGUGGCGUACAAGUUCUUCUCCGGUGUCUUCAACAGCUUCAACAUCGUGUCGUCGAGCAACAUCAAGCUCUACUGGGUCCACGCAACGCCGUUCAACAACAGUUUUAUGACGAUUGUAGGCACGAUCUUCUACGCCAUCACGCUGGCGCUCACGGGCAAGUACGGUCUCGACUGGAACUGGCGGACGAUUAUUAUCGUCACCAUGUGCGGAGCUCUGUCCGUUGACUCCUUCAUGACCAUGUUCACGGUCUGGGAUGUGGUGCGCAACCAGUGGUUCUGGUUGGGUGUGCCUAUGAUCGAGUACCUCCCCGAUGGCGUCCGCUUCAUGAUCGCCACUUACGUCGUAGUAGAGCUGGCCGAGCCUGGCCAUGAAGGCGCGCUGUACGGCCUGCUGACUGCCACGACAAAUCUGACGACGCCGUUCGGUCGCUCGAUGGCGAAGCUCGUGAACGCCCAGUUCCACGUGUGGCUGAAGGAUAUUCAGGCUGACACCACUUUGGUCCGUCGUGACGUGACAAUUACGAUCUGGAUCUGCUACUGCAUGAAGCUGCUGUCACUGGCGUUCCUGCCGCUGCUGCCUCGCCAGAAGGCUGAGACCCAAGAGUUGAAGCGCACGGGUGGGUCCAGCCGAACUAUGGGCAUCAUCACCGUAGGGUACCUUGCAUUCGCCAUUGUGUGGGCGACGAUGGUGAACUUGCUGUCCAUGUACACGACCACAAUGUGCUGGAAGAUCACGGGCGGCUGCGCGCCCAAGUCGUAA